CAGUUCUUCCAGCAAUUACAUACAAAAUGAAGACUUUAAAAAUUGUAUUUGCUUUGGCAUUGGCCUGUUUGGCUAAGGUUGAAGCAAGUCCUUGUGACACAUGUAACGGAUAUCCAUAUCUUCAAGAACUUUGUUUUGCACCACCACCACCACCACCACCACCAUGCUUACCAGUACCUCCAUGCCCACUGCCACUACCUAUUCCACUCCCUUGUUUACCACCUCCACCACCACCAUGCUUACCAAUACCUCCAUGCCCUCUGCCACUUCCUCUUCCACUCCCUUGUUUACCACCUCCACCACCACCAUGCUUACCAAUACCUCCAUGUCCUCUGCCACUUCCUCUUCCACUCCCUUGUUUACCACCUCCACCACCACCAUGUUUACCAAUACCUCCAUGCCCACUUCCACUUCCACUUCCACUUCCUCUUCCACUCCCUUGUUUACCACCACCACCACCACCACCAUGUCCAUUGCCACUACCUCUUCCACUCCCUUGUCUGCCACCACCACCACCACCACCACCAUGUCCUCCAUGUGCUCCACCUCCAGCGUUGAUACCAGUACCUCUAGCACCUCUGCCAUGUUUCUCUAUUCCACCAUUAUGUCCACCUUGUCCACCAUGUCCACCACCACCACCACCACCACCAUGUAUACCACCGCCUUGCUUCUGUUAAUACAGGUUACCCCAUAUUGUUGAUUGAUGUCAUAUUUUUUCUGUUUUAUAUUGUAUAAUUUUAUACCCAUCUACUUUAUAUAAAAACUAAAUAAUAUUCUCUGAAAAUGUUAUAAUCAAAAAAUACUGUUAAAUACUAAUUAACUAAUAUAAAUUAUAUAAAUAUACCUAUUGUACCUAUACGUUGGAAAAAAUAAAAGAUUUAUUAAAACCAA